AAGGACAUAUAAAUUGAUUCACCCUGUAUAUGAUGAUUAUAAUUAUUGUAUUCUAACGAUUAAUUUAUUGACCCGCGUCAUAAUUCUAAUUUAACAGUCGUACCAGUUACUAUCAUGUCUUUAAACAUAUUCAAUAAAGACAACAGAAAAUGUUUCUUUAUUGCUGAGAUCGGCCAAAAUCAUCAGGGAUCCAUAAAUAUUGCAAAAGAGUUAAUAAAAAAAGCAAAGGAAUGCGGAGCAGACUGUGUUAAAUUUCAAAAGACAUGUUUGCUAGAGAAAUUCAACAGAGCAGCUCUAAAUCAGCCCUACAAUAAUAGAAAUUCGUGGGGGAAGACUUACGGUGAACAUAAAGCAUUUUUAGAAUUUUCAGAGGACGAGUUUCUUGAACUUAAACAAUGUGCUGACGAAAAUAAUAUUUUAUUCACAGCUUCCGCAAUGGAUUUAGUUUCGUUACAUUAUUUAAAUAGCAUUGAAGUUCCGUUUAUAAAAAUCGGGUCUGGAGAUGCUAACAAUUUUAUUUUGAUAGAGGAGGCCGCCAAAUUAAAUAAACCUUUAAUUAUAUCAACAGGUAUGCAAGAUUCGAUAACUGUUGACAAAAUAUACAAAAUAGUUUCCGAAUAUCAUAAAAAAUUUUGUUUGAUGCAUUGCGUUUCGUCUUAUCCAGCUCCAAUACAAGACGUUAAUUUAAAUGUUAUAAAACUGUUUCAAAGUAAAUACCUUGACAUUCCCAUUGGAUAUUCGGGACAUGAAAUAGGUAACGACGUUGUUUUAGCUGCUGUCACUUUAGGUGCAAAGGUGAUUGAGCGUCAUUUUACAUUAGAUAGGACCCUUAAAGGGUCAGAUCAUGUUUGUUCUUUGGAACCGAGUGAAUUUAAAGAUAUGAUCGAUAGGGUUCGGAUGCUACAAGUAGCUUUGGGAAAACCCGAGAAGAAAAUGCAAAUUUCUGAAUACGAAUGUUAUAAAAAGUUGGGUAAAACAGUUGUUGCUGCAAAAAGUAUUACAAAAGGCACUCCAUUACAAAAAGAGCAUUUAAAGGUAAAAGUUGCCCUUCCUAAAGGUAUAGAUGCAUCAAAAGAAGCUCGUUUAAUUGGAAGGAUUAUUAAGAAAGACUUGGACGAAGAUGAGUCCAUUACAGAAGAAUGUUUUGGUUAAAUAAAUUUUUAAUGAUAAAUAAGUAUUCACUUGAUACCCUUAGUAUUUAAUUCUCCCUAGUAAGCUUUAAAUAUUUUUUAAAUUAAUAAAUUAAUGACAAAUCUUAUCCAUUAGUCCUCUUCUUGAGGCAUUAAAUGCAAUUUGAAACAUCGAUGUAUAUACACACAUUUAAAAGUAUUUUAAAUAUAAACGCCAAGUAAUUAUGUAUCUAUAUUAUUGUAGUUUUAAUCCUCCCUGUAAGGGUCUAAAGGGAGAUGGUUUUGAUUAAGUAAAACAAAAAUAAAAGCCGUUUAGUGGAAGAAAAGUUUACUAUAUAUUUAAAACAAUGUAAUUACAUUCCAUUAUUACUUAUAAUUGAUGUUAUAAAUUAAAUUAUGAUUGACACUUCCACAGCAUGUAAAACAAUACGAAUCCCAAUUCGACCGUAUACAUAUGUAAACUUGUCUUCAUUAGCCCAACCAAAUCUAAAAUAAUUAUUUCUUUAGUAUUUUUUUUUUGUUUUUCACUCGUCUAAUUAUUAUAUUAAUUAAAGAAGCAUAAUAGUAAAUAUAAUUUCUGAUAUUCAGUUAUAGGACAAUAAAGAAAAGAAUAUUAGUGAUUUAUCCAAAACUCAAAACCGAACCGUAAAAUAAUACUUAUAAAAAUAUAACCGUUAAUUUUGAAUUGUACAAGUCGUAAUUUAUUAAUUACGUACAACAAUCAUCAUCAUUAUUAUUAUUUAACAAGACAGGAACGAAGAAAAAUAUUUAAUUUGUCGUUUACUCAAUCAAUCUAUCAAUAUCUAUCUUAUGCCUUUCUGCAGCUUUACCAACUCCCAAUCGCAAGGGACGAUUAACAAUAAAUAUGCAAUGCUGUUUAUUUUUAGAUAGAAUAUAAGAAGUAUGUUUAAAAAAGAAAAUAAUAAUAAUAGGGUAAAUUAUUAUGCCUGCGUUAUUGCGUGUGUAUGUAUGGAUACGAAAAUUAAGAAAUACAGCACUUAACGUUAGCGCAGCUAUAGCAAAGAAAUGUACUUUUUUUUGUUUUAGUGGAACAAUCGCCACCCCGGCCACAAAUAGGCCGUGCGUGGAUCAUCGGUGGCGUGGCGAAGUUCGCGCGCGCGGGGGUAUAUUGCCUUAUUUUACGCGCGUGCACGACUUCUUGCAACUCCGCAAGUGUGCUUAAAACACCGUUACUACUAUUUUUACAUUCUUUUUUUAUUGUAGCU